UCAUAAUUUCUCAAACAAUUUCAAAAAUGACGAAAUAUCUCCUCUUCUUCUUCGCUCUCAUCCUCCUCGUUUCUCUUUCCUCCCAAACCGCCGACCCGAAAACCCAAAACCCGACCCGGACCCCAUCGCCGGCCCACACCGAGCUGACCCGCUACGGCUUCCCAAUCGGGCUCCUCCCUUCUCCGGUCAAAAACUACACCGUCAACCCCCUCACCGGCGACUUCGUCGUCGACCUCGGCGACGCGUGCAAGAUCACGCUCCCGCCGGACAACUACUUGGCCACGUAUUCCAAGAAAGUCACCGGCAAAAUCAACCACGGCCGGAUCGCCGAAAUCAACGGCAUCAGCGUCCGGGCCUUCUACCAGUGGUGGUCGAUCACCGGAAUCAGGUCCAGCGGCGAGAAUUUGGUGUUUGAGGUCGGCAUGGUGACGGCGAGGUACCCCUCUAAGAACUUCAAUGAUAGUCCGGCUUGCGAGGGCCGACGCCACUCCGCUUCUUAACAGGGUUCUACUUUGCUCCGGUCUCCAUCAAUUAGAUUAUGUGAUGGUGUCCAGUUUUUAAUUCCAAUACUAAUGCUACUUAAGCAAAGGUUGAUUUCAGACAUUUGUAUGAUCAGAACUCUACGAGGGCAAUAACCAUCAUCCUUUAUCCUUCGUCCAUCAUCUAUCUUAUAUGUAUAUAUUCAACAAGUCUAGUGUUGGGACUUUGGUGAUUAAGAACUGUAAGAUGGUAAUUAGUUGUUUACAAUGACACAAUUUGAAAUAUCAAUUUCAUGUAUUAUCAAUCAUAAUAAGAGCUUGUUCAUGCUCAAAUUCACCGUAUA